CUCCCAAAGAUCAGAUCGGAUCCUCAGGACGGCAGACAAUGACGCGACUGCACAGGUGGGCGAAUGCUGCUCUGGCCCUCUACCUUUUGGCAUCAUUCACAACUUUUUCCUGGGGUGUUCCUCAGGGUCACUUCCAAAGAAGAAAUUGGACUCCUCAAGCCAUGCUGUAUUUAAAGGGUGCCCAAGGCCGUCGGUUCGUCUCAGAGGAGAGCCAGCAAAAGGCUCUGUAUGACAGAUUGCUGCAAGAAACUAGCAACCAGAAUGUGAGCCCUAUAACUCUUCCUGAAGCCGCACUGGUGUUUCUUUCCUCCCUACAGAAGAUGCAGAACGAAGAAGAUGAAGAAAAAGCUCCAGAGAAAGCCAGAUAUAUUGCUGAUGGUCUAUUAAACCGGUGAAAGAUUUUCAACCUUAAAUGGGAAUAUGGCAUGGAUUGAAAAGGAAAAUAUAUUCUGUACAAGACAAUUUUUCUCAUUCAUCUACUCAGCUCCCC